AUGUCGACGACGCUCCGAGGGAAGAUCCUGACUCCUCAGCUGAACCACACGGUGCUGGGGCUGUUGCGGGGUAACAUUAUCGUCGUCGCCAAAUACCUGUUCGUCGCCGAGGGAGAAGCCGAAUUGCUGGUGACCAAAGGUGACAUCCUCAAGCUCCUCGACCGCCCUGGCGACGGAUGGCUUUUGGUCAAGUUCAUCGACAAAGUACGCACCCCAGGACUUGUUCCCGCGUCCUACGUCGACAUUGCCGUCAACGAUGUCGUUCAUCCCAUUACCCUCCCUUGGCUUCAGGCCCAGCUGAACCAUGAAGUACCAGAGGAUAUACUCAGUGAUAUCAACUACAUCAAUGUCCAGACAAAAGGCCAGUCGCCAGUGACUGUCAACAACGCCCCGAUACCCGUGCUGGCCAGUGUCGCCAAUUGCUUAUUCUACAACCAGCGUAUAUGGUACCGUCUUGAUGUCGAGUAUAGCGAUGGCAUUAGGAUGUACCUGGCCCGCUACUACCAAGACUUUUACAACCUCCACAUUGCUUUAUUGGGUCUUCAGCAGCACGCCGAGGAGAUUGCCGGUGGGAAGAACGCCUCGAUAGCCCUUCCUAAGCUUCCCGAACCCAUACCACUGGGUGCUGAGCUGGCGCUGGAUGAGGAUAUCCCCCUUUUGUUGAAACGGUGCCAGGAUCUUAAUGGCUACAUCAACAAGCUCAUUCUGAAUAAGUACUACCAAAUGAGCCACGCUUUGUGUCAUUGGAUCAACACCAGCUCGGAUAACCGCCCUGGGUUCACUGAACUGAAGGAUGAUACGCCGUUCGAAAACGAUGUUAUCAACGAGAAAGUGCUUCCUGGCAGCACCGACUUGCUUAAGCGGUACCAGCUGCAAAACCCUCUGGAUUCUGCACCUCCUCAGCGAACCAAGCUGAAGAAUAUCUACAACCAUUACCAGCAGGCCGCCCAGUACACCCAAUCAGCAACUCCAACCCGUCUGGACCUGGCGCUUCUGAGGUCCAAAAGUAAAGGUGGCGGCGCCAUGCCCCCGCCUAACUAUCCGCCUUCGCAGGGAACAGAUUACCCCGACCCUACACCCCCAACUUUGGAGAGAAACCGCACCACUAGGCUGACCAGCGGUAGUCGAUCGAAACAGCUGGGGCCAUACCCUGCUCCAGUUGCUAGUGCAGGGCCUACCAAAAGCCCUAAGUUGCCCAGCCAACAGGCCAACCCUCCGCCAUUGCCCAACCAACAGACCAACCCUCCUCCGUUCCCCAACCAACUGCCGUAUCCCCAGGCACAUCCUCAAGCGCCGCCCCAGGCACCUCUUCCUCAUCAAGAUGAAGAUUAUUCCCCUCAGAUACCGCAAGCCCAGGGGCAACACCAUCACCAAGGGCCUGGAGAACAACACGUUCAAGGGCAACAGCAAGUAUACCCUCAAGUACACGGCCACCCGCCUGAGGCCACUCAGUACUUUCCAGCCAGCCAAAAUGAAGGUCUGGUGUUUUCUCCUGAUCCUCAUCAAAGCUAUAACCCCUAUACUGGUCAAGGCAAAACUACGGCUACGCCCCCUUCACAACUGGCACCACGAUUCCAUCCGCUUGAAAGUGACUCCCCCAUCCAACCACUCAAGCCUCACCGGAAUCCUCCCAGUCAAGCAAGCCAACCACCGGGGCAAAAUCAGUUUUUCCAAACUCCACCACAAGCACCUUCCCAAGGCUAUCCGUCACAACGGAAGCUUGAUGACCCGCAUUCGAUAGACCCUUUAACGCUGUAUCCUAACCCUGCAUCCCAGAACCGGCCCCAGCCGCAAAACCUAAUUCAGGCACAAUCGCUGUCUCGCGGUGCCGCUCAAGCAUACUCGACGCCGCUUCCUCAGAAUUCAGCAUUCACUCUGUCUGGUCAGCGUCCCCAAUCGCAACCCUACACCGGAGGUAGAAUCCAACCUCGGGGACAAAGCAACGGCAAUAUGUCACCGGUGAUUAACUCCGCGGGAGCUACCGGACAGUUUGGACUGAAUAAUCCCUUUAGUCCUAAUGCCAACGCGGUUAAUCCCGUGGUGGGAAAACUCAAGAAUAUGAGUGUAAGUCUGACGCUGACGACAACGCUGCUGCUGCUGCUGCUGCUGCCUGUGCAUCAGAACCUGCAGCUUGCCUCGACUCCUGGAACUACUCCUGGCACUACUCCUGGAAGUGGUAACCGCCACUUGUAUAUCAAGUGCAAGGUGGUUAACGAUCAAAACGAGAUUAUUGCUUUGAAAAUUGACAAAGGAGCUAUAACAUCUUUAGAUGAAUUCAAACUGUUGAUCAAGCAGCGUGUCCCUUUCAAUCAUCUUUACAUUCGCUUGCCUGAUGCGCAGACAUUUGAGAUAAUUGACCGUAUCAAUUUCAAUCUCCAAGAGUUUUUGCGACAGAACGAUCGAGUCAUGCUUAAAAUCGGUUAA